AUGGCUACGAUCACUGAGAUUCCCACUGAUGUUGAUUCCACCGUUCAUGACAACGUCAUCGCCGGCGGAGCUGAAAAGAGCUUGACGGAUUCUAAACCGGUACCCGAAUCGGACCCCAAACCCGAAUCCGAAUCAAAACCCGAACCGGAGUUUGAUCAAAUGAAGAAGCUUGUGGCGAUGUUCAAGACACUGAAUCCUGACGCUAAGGAGUUUGUCCCUUCUUACAAGAAGAAUAAUCAGUCUCUGUCUUCUGACGACUUUGCGAUCGCUAAGAAGCAAUCUGGUGAAGAAUUUAACGGUGACAACAAAAAGGAUGGCAUUAAUCGGAGGAGAAGAAACAACUAUAACCAAGGGAGGAGGAUGAGGGUAACUGGAAGAGCUUCCAAGGCUCAGAGAGAAGAUAGUAUUAGAAGAACAGUCUAUGUCUCUGACCUUGAUCAGAGUGUGACUGAGGAAGUCCUGGCUGGGUUUUUCAGCAGCUAUGGGCAAGUUGUUGAUUGUCGAAUCUGUGGAGAUCCGAAUUCGGUUCUUCGCUUUGCGUUUGUUGAGUUUGCUGAUGAUCAAGGUGCACGUGCGGCUUUAGGUCUCGGUGGAAGAAUGAUUGGUUAUUACCCAGUUAGAGUCUUGCCUUCAAAAACUGCUAUCCUUCCAGUGAAUCCCACAUUUCUCCCCAGGUCAGAAGAUGAAAGGGAGAUGUGUACAAGAACCAUCUACUGCACAAACGUGGACAAGAAUGCCACUGAAGAUGAUGUCAAAACCUUCUUUCAAUCUGCCUGCGGCGAGGUUACUCGCAUAAGGCUUCUUGGUGACCAAGUGCACUCUACUCGCAUAGCUUUUGUUGAAUUUGCCAUGGCAGAGAGUGCAGUUGCAGCGCUCAACUGCAGUGGAAUAGUCUUAGGAUCUCAGCCGAUAAGGGUAAGCCCUUCAAAGACACCAGUGAGGUCACGCAUCACUCGAUCACCAUCCACAAACUAG